UGGGUGAGCUUGAGCGUGAGCGGGGCUGCUGGAGUCUUGAGAACAGUUCAGAGCGAGCGAGCUCGCGUCAGAGAAAGAGAGAGAACGCGCGAGCGAGAGUGAGGGAUUGCGAGGGGACCUAGAGGAGUCAGGGAAAGAAAGCGAGGGCCGGAGGAGCCACGAUACAGACAGAGUGAGCAUGUCUGUCUCCGCACCUCCGGUGAUCUCUGCAACUUCCAGUGGUGCCGGCGUCCCGGGGGCCUUAUUUCGGGCCGAACCCCUAUACUCGACUCCGGGAGAGCCCCCUCGUCUCACCCCUAAUAUGAUCAACAGUUUUAUGGCCAAUAACCACAGCGGCAGCGCCGGGAGUGGAGGGAUCGGUAGUGGCAGCGUUGGCAGCUGCAACACCAACACCAACGAGUGCCGGAUGGUGGACAUGCACGGGGUGAAGGUAGCUUCAUUCCUGAUGGAUGGCCAGGAACUGAUCUGCCUGCCGCAAGUCUUUGAUCUUUUCCUCAAGCACCUGGUGGGUGGGUUGCAUACGGUGUACACUAAGCUGAAGAGACUGGACAUAUCCCCGGUGGUGUGUACUGUUGAGCAGGUCCGGAUCCUCCGCGGGCUGGGGGCCAUCCAGCCCGGGGUGAACCGCUGCAAACUCAUCACCAGGAAAGACUUCGAAACUUUGUUCACCGAUUGCACCAAUGCCAGAAGGAAGAGGCAAAUGACAAGAAAACAAGCUGUAAACAGUUCAAGACCUGGUAGACCCCCUAAGCGUUCUUUGGGAGUGUUGCAAGAAAAUGCCCGCCUUCUGCCCCAUGCAGUCCCAGGCCUCUUAUCACCAGGACUUAUAACUCCAACAGGUAUAACUGCUGCAGCAAUGGCUGAAGCAAUGAAACUGCAGAAGAUGAAACUUAUUGCUAUGAACACUCUUCAGGGAAAUGGAAGCCAAAAUGGGACAGAAUCAGAGCCUGAUGAUCUUAAUUCUAACACAGGUGGGAGUGAAUCCUCCUGGGAUAAGGAUAAGAUGCAGUCUCCUCUUGCUGCUCCUGGACCUCAGCAUGGAAUUGCUCAUGCAGCAUUAGCUGGCCAGCCAGGCCUUGGGGGUGCUCCUACCCUCAACCCACUGCAGCAGAACCACCUGCUAACAAAUAGACUGGAUUUGCCAUUUAUGAUGAUGCCUCAUCCCCUACUUCCAGUCAGCUUACCUCCUGCAUCAGUUGCCAUGGCAAUGAAUCAGAUGAACCAUCUCAAUACUAUUGCCAACAUGGCUGCUGCAGCCCAGAUUCACAGUCCACUCUCCAGAGCUGGUGCCUCUGUAAUAAAGGAGCGGAUCCCAGAGAGUCCUUCUCCUGCUCCUUCCCUGGAAGAGAGUCAUCGCCCGGGGAGUCACACCUCCUCUCACCCCAGCAGCAGUGUGUCCAGCUCUCCUUCUCAGAUGGAUCAUCAGUCAGAGAGAAUGGUUAUGAUGUCCAACAAUAGAGAGGAACUUAUUGUUGAUCAGGAUAAUGGACCAACCAUCAAAAAAUUCCAAAGGGAAAAUAAAGAAGAAGUACCAGUUCAAAUUCCAAUGAUGAAGUCACCCUUGGACAAGCUCCAGCUGGCUCCUGGGCAGGCAUUGCCCCCUGGAUUCCCUGGACCAUUCAUUUUUGCUGAUAGUCUGUCCUCCGUGGAAACUCUGUUGACCAACAUUCAGGUCAACAAUAUUUCUAUAAACAAAAUAAAUGGUCUGCUGAAAGUGGCUUUGGAUAAUGCUCGCAUCCAGGAGAAGCAGAUUCAGCAAGAAAAGAAGGAACUGCGAAUGGAGCUCUAUAGAGAGAGAGAGAUUAGAGAAAACCUUGAAAGACAACUUGCAGUUGAGCUUCAAAGCAGAACUACCAUGCAAAAGCGCCUGAAGAAGGAGAAAAAAGCCAAGAGAAAACUGCAGGAAGCCUUGGAAUUUGAAUCAAAGCGCAGGGAACAAGUGGAGCAGGCACUUAAGCAAGCCACUACUAGUGACAGUGGCCUGAGGAUGUUGAAAGAUACUGGAAUUCCAGAUAUUGAAAUAGAAAAAAAUGGGACUCCUCAUGAUAGUGCUGCUAUGCAAGCCUGAACACUGAUGCCGGAACUCCAACUGAUCAUAGGCACGAAUAGGGUGCUGUAGCAGUUACCUGCUUAUCUAGUGUUGUAAUUCUUUAGAUUUCAUACUCAAAUUCUUAAAUUAUGGAACCUUCAAUUACUAUUUGUUCAUUACUGAUAAUUAGAAUCUUGCACCUACAGGAAAAAUGUGCUAGAGAAUGGGUUUCAUACGUUUUUAGGGGAUAAUCAUAAUGAUGAGUGAAUCUGAUACUUUAUACUUCUUUAAUCCCUUUUUUUCCAAGGAGUUCAUAUUGCUUCACAAACAUUAUCAUAUUAUUUCACACAGCAUCCUAGUGGGGUAAGUAGGUGGAAAACAUUUUAAUACACAUAAAAUGUUAUUUCUAGAUGGUAUGAGAUAAAAUGUAGACAUUCCUGCUUUAAGCUAUGUUUACUAUGAAAUAGGUUUAUUUGUCAGACCUGGUAAUUAACAGAAAGUGUAUCAGGAGGUAAUUAAUUUGUACAAUUAAUGAAAAUUUGUUAUCAUGGCCUGGGAACUCUCCUUUCUAAAAGAAAGAUUUUACUGUAGUGUUCUCUAAGGAAAUAGAGGGAGCUCUUGUUUUUAGAGUUUACCCUGCCUACAUUUUUCCUUGAACUGUUGGUGGUGGAGCAAAACAUUGAACCCCUUUCUGUUAGCAUAUUAAUUAUCUGUAAGAAAGGCAGUGUUAAAAUUAGACACCCAAGCUACUAAACAACUCCCUUUAUCCUCUUUCUUCUCUCUUUUCCCCAAUCUUGCUUCCUCUUUGUUUUGUGAUCAACAAGCAAACAGAAUAAAAAAUAUAUAGACAUAAGAAAGGAGAAAGGCAGAUACAAUGGGACAUUUACAUCAUGGAUAUUUUGUACUGUUCAUGCUCUGUUCUAGAUAUGGCCAGAUGCCUAACAUAUUCAAGUGAUUAGGGCCAAUGAAACAUUUGGCUUGAAUUGCCCAGAGAAUUACUUGAAGUAUUUUUAACUUUUUUUUUUAACAGAUACAUGGUCAAAGACUGAUGAUAUAACCAGUCAUCAUUUUUAUGCCUCCUAAGAAUAUAAUAGGUAUUUAAGUGAUCAGAAACAUUUAAUAUCACUCCAAAAAUGCCCCCUUGCAUCAAGCAAAAUCUGAUACAUUGUGUUAUAUCUGCCCUAGAAUUAAUUUCUGAUGUGACAAAAGAACCACUCAUUUUAUGCAAAGGGCCAAAUGAAUUCUAACAAAGAGAAUGAAUAAAACUUUAUUAGUUCCCUAUGGAAGUUUAUGCAGAUUUAGUUGGAAUUGCAACUACUCAAUGCACUUUUAAAUAUUACAUUAGUUCAUGUCAAUGAAUAUAAUAUUUUAGUCAAUUCAUAUGCUGAAGGAUUUUUUUUAAGAGACAGACAUUUGGCUUCUGAUGCUCUCCAUGGAAUAUAAAAGAUCUGUUUAUGUAGAGUAGGUAUGAUGUUUUAGCUCAAUUCAGAGAAAAGUCAAGCUAAAAAUAGGUCCUGAAGAAGAUUUAGGCAAAUCAAAUGAAAAAUUUUAUUAAUAUCAAAUAUCUGAGCUGAAUAAUGAUGAAGAAUGACUAAAAAUAAAACAUCCCCAAAUGUUUCAACAUUAUAUAUUCAAAUGGCAUAUGUUGAAUGAUAAGGGAAAUUGAACAUCAUUUCUAAAUUAAGUCACUUAAAAAUAUGCUACUGCUAUUUUAUAAAUAUAUUUAUUUUCCUUGGGUUGGCCAUGAAGAAUCCUCAUGCAUUUUUUUCUGGCCUUUUUGUACAUAUCCAACUUCUUUAUGACACCCGAUUUUAGCUAUUUAUUUUCACAUUCUUUAGAUAUAUAAAACUUAAAAGAGGUUGGGAUAGCCAGUUGUGGCCCUUGAAAGAUAAUUCAACUGAACAGUAGAAUGUUUCCUGUAUGGAGCUUCUGUGCCAUGAGGUAUGCCCAUGUCAGUCAGUGAUGUACUAAGGAAAGGGCUGCAUGGGCCUGCAUUGUUACUUAAAACUGCCCAUGUUUGUAAAUAUAAAAUUCCCCCUUUUACCUAUUGGAUAAAUCUUAAAGUAAUAAUCCCUGCCAACACUCCCCAGAUAGUGUGUGUCCCUCCUUCAAAGUUCCCAACCUCCUAACAUUCUUCCAAAUAGACUUUGUUUGUUGCUCUUCCCGAUCUUUAAAAUUGUUUACAUCCAAAGUGUACAUCAGAUCAUCUCUGUUUGGAACUCAAAUAUGAACCCUCUUAAAAACAUGAAACAUUCAAUUACUAAUUAGCUGUUUCCUAUGUCUAAUAAAGUGAACAUGCUGGGUUUGGUUUAAAAUUCAGCUACUUCACUCCUCUGUUUAUGGUUCCAGAUGUUUUUGUUUUAUCUAGGAGUUUGCUUUGACAGCUACUACUAAAUGAUAAAUCACUCAUAUUAUAGCUGAAAUGCAUUUUGAAAUUGAAAUGUGGCAAACUUUGAGAUUGCUCCAACGAUCAGUGUCAGUUAGCAGGUCAAUACUGACUCCUACUUUUUGGUCAUUUAACAUUGACAUAUGUAAAACAAUAACAGAACAGGUGUUAACUUUAUACAACAUGCUACACAGGAGUGUAUUUUGCUACUGGUCUUAACAUUGGGAGAAAAAUUUUAUUACUAUGAAAUCUCAAUUUAUUAUACUUUGGGUAAAAAAAAUUGAUUCAUAUAAAUAUUGUCUUCUUGCUAGCCUAGGGUUUUAUUUUUUAUUUUUUUUUUAAUUUUCAAGCUGCUGUAGAAACUGUUCCUGAUAGGCCUUAUAAGCAGAAACAUUUAAUGAAGUGUGUGGGCAGAUAUGUUUCUCUUUUAAUAAAGACAUAAUUACACAUAAUAAAUGAGAUUUUCAGUAACUGAAUUUUUCUAAAUGAAGAAUGUUGAUUGUCUUUUGGCACUCACUGCUGUGUUUAUGUACCUUUCUCAAAGGGCAUUAUUUGUUUUGCCAUUGCUUUCAAGUUUGUAAUGUUCACAAUUUGUACUGCAUGACUUGAGCUUUACUAUAUUGUAUAAAUAUGAAUCCUGGUAAAAUGACUGUCUUGCAUUUGAUGUUGAAGAUCUUUCCUAUGAAAUUUAGGUUGUGUAUACAGAAGAUGAGGUAGACUGGAGAACUGAGCAACUAACUAGUUCCUUUCACCAGAUUAAAUAUUCUCAUACUCCAUGCACAAAGCAAUCUGAGCAAUUCUCUGGAUUGACAGAUUACCAGAGUGUUUUUAAAAUAUAAACUUUCUUUUGUUUUGCUCCGCUAAAAAGAUCAGAUAAUUUCAAUGAAUUUCUUGGGGAAAUAUCUGGUUACCCUCUAAUUAUGUUCAAACUUCCAGCUAGUCUGACUGAUACAGAAUCAAACUUAUUUAUUCUCCUAUUACCUUACCAUAUCUUUAUUUUUGGUUCAGAGGUAUUAUUCAAAAAUUUCCACUAACUGACCAUGAUACCCUUUACUCAGAAAAAAUAAAUAUUUUAAAGAUACCAUGCAUAAGGUCAAAACAUGUAUACUUUUCUCCUAACAAUGCUAAACUUUGAACCAGAUUAAUGAAUAUUUUGCACUAGACAUAUCAGCUCAAAUAUGAUAAUAUAUUCUUUAUGUGUAGAGAUGAUACAUUUGGCUCAUAAACAUAAGCUUUUUAGCAUUUCUUAAGCAAGAUAAUAGGGUCAUACUGAGUCAACAGCACUUUCUUUCCAGCUUCUCAUUUUGUAAGCAAAGGACAAUUUGUGAUUAGUAAGAUACUCAGGUCAUAAGCCAUUGUUAUGGAAAAUAACAAUUUUAAACAUAAAGAAAGAUAAUAAAUUUUUAAAAAGCCUUUAAUAAUUUUUAAUCACAACUAUCAAAUAUUACUUAAAUCUAGGAUACUAUGAACUCUAGAUUAUCAAUACUCAAAUGAAUACUGGUUUGAAUAAAACCUCUGGUCAUAAUGGUAUACAGAGCUAGUCUUUCUUCAUGCAGUAUACACAGUGUUAAGGUUAAACUUUGGAGAAGAAAUUCAAAAUGUACAAAGCUGUCAUUAACUUAGGCCAAAAUUAUAUAACUCCUUUCCCCCUAUUUUGGUAAACUAUAGGGACUUCAAUGUAUCAUUGUGUACAAAAGGAAAAAUAAUAUAGAUCACUGUAGACAUUUAUAACAUAUUUCAUGAAAAAAAUCAGUCUUCGAUUUCUUCAAUGUUGUCAAAAGAAGAAUAGAAACUAUAUCAUGAAAACUGAAGGACUUUUGAAAACUGACAUAUUAACAUACAGAAAUGUUAACUUUUACAAAUACUAAAUUAGACCUGUUACAUUAAAUCAUUUUAAGUUCCUGAAGAUAAAAGUUUUAGUAUUAUUAAACAUGUAUCAGAUUUAUUCCACAGAAGAACUAACUUGUUUUCUUUUUUUUAAAGGAGGUAACUAUUACUGUUUAGCAAUGGCACAACAGUUUUAUUCGGCCUGAAAGGUCCUCGCUGGCUUUACAUAAAUGAAGAUGCUUGUGAUUCCAGUUUAUCUCUGAAACUAUUCAACAUGGAGUUAUUUCAAUUGUGUUUAUCAGCAAAGCUUUGUUUACUGAAGCAGCUAUUCAAUCUGUUACAUUAAAAAAGGAAUAUGUGUACAUUUUGAAAGCAAUGAUGUAAACUUUGUCCUCACAUUAGAUUGACCAGUUUAAGAAUAUGAGCUAAAUCCUAAUGGCUAAAGUAACUUGACCAUAUUUGAUGCUUUUCUAUGAUUAUUUCAGCUUGGCUUUUUGUCUUUUAAGAAUAAAUACUGUAGUGUGUUAGAGAUUAGAUUCUUAUAUGUAUGGUUUCUCUGUUCUAUCAUAUAUUAAGUUAAAGUACACUUUCUUUGUUAAAAAAUGUACUUGCUAAACUUCAGUAUAAAUAAAAGCAUUUUGACUUUG